GGGCUCGGCACCCCCCCGCCGGCCCCCACUGAACGGAGCCCUGCUUCCUCCUCGCCGCAUCCCUGAGGGAAGCGCCGCCUCUGCUCCCGGGUCCUCCGCCCGCCCGCUCCUUCCUGGCCGGACCCCGCCGCGCUCCACCCCAGUGGCCGGAGAAGCAGGUCUCCAGCCAGCCCUCGCGAGCUGCCCGCUUGCUCCCCGCCACCCGGCCUCCUCGGAUCCCUCGGCGGGGCGCUGAGGCGGGGGAAGAAGGGGCCGGGGUCGCCACGGCGGAGGUUGCUGCCGCCACCCCCCUGCGGGGGUGGCCGGGGUUCCCGGCUGGGGGGGCACCGUUCUGGGUGAGGCAUCCACCAUGGUGAGGCCCCUGAGCCGCUGCGCCCGCGCCCCCCCGGCCGCCGCUGUCUCCUGCCCGUCGGUGCUGCUGCUGCUCCCCCGCCUGCUGUUGCUCCUCCAUCUCCAGAUCGGAUCACGGUGAGGGAAAGAUGAGCGAGGAGACGGCGACUUCUGACAACGAUAAUAGUUAUGCACGAGUGCGAGCUGUGGUGAUGACCCGAGAUGACUCAAGUGGUGGAUGGUUACCACUUGGAGGGAGUGGACUAAGCAGCGUUACUGUCUUCAAAGUCCCUCAUCAGGAAGAAAAUGGCUGUGCUGACUUUUUUAUCCGUGGAGAGCGACUCAGGGACAAAAUGGUGGUUUUGGAAUGUAUGCUUAAAAAAGACCUCAUUUAUAAUAAGGUCACUCCAACAUUUCACCACUGGAAGAUCGAUGACAAGAAGUUUGGCCUUACUUUUCAAAGUCCUGCUGAUGCGAGGGCUUUUGAUAGAGGCAUUCGAAGAGCUAUAGAGGAUAUUUCUCAAGGAUGCCCUGAAUCAAAAAAUGAAGUUGAAGGGGCAGAUGACUUACAAGCAACUGAAGAGGAUACUUCCAGUUAUCUAGUGAAGGAUCACCUUUUCCAGCAAGAGACAGUUGUUACUAGUGAGCCUUAUAGAAGCUCAAAUAUAAGGCCUUCUCCUUUUGAAGAUCUAAGUGCCAGAAGAGUCUACAUGCAAAGCCAAGCCAAUCAGAUAACAUUUGGUCAGCCAGGCCUAGAUAUCCAGAGCAGAAGUAUGGAAUAUGUACAGCGGCAAAUAUCCAAGGAAUGUGGAAGCCUUAAGUCCCAAAAUAGGGUCCCUUUGAAAUCAAUCAGACAUGUCAGCUUUCAAGAUGAGGAUGAGAUUGUCAGAAUAAACCCUCGAGAUAUCUUAAUACGUCGCUAUGCAGACUACAGACAUCCUGACAUGUGGAAAAAUGACUUGGAAAGAGAGGAUACUGACUCCAAUAUUCACUUUUCUAAACCAGACAGUAAAAAAUCAGACUAUCUGUACUCUUGUGGGGAUGAAACUAAGUUAAGUUCACCCAAAAACUCUGUGGUAUUUAAGACACAGCCUUCAUUAAAAUUUAAGAAGUCAAAACGAAGAAAAGAGGAUGGUGAACGUUCUCGCUGCGUAUACUGCCAGGAAAGGUUUAAUCAUGAAGAAAAUGGCAGGGGAAAAUGUCAGGAUGCUCCAGACCCUAUUAAAAGAUGCAUAUAUCAAGUUAGUUGCAUGCUCUGUGCAGAGAGCAUGUUGUAUCAUUGUAUGUCAGACUCAGAGGGAGAUUUUUCUGAUCCCUGUUCAUGUGACACUAGUGAUGACAAGUUCUGCUUACGAUGGUUAGCCCUGGUAGCUCUGUCUUUCAUUGUACCAUGUAUGUGCUGCUACGUCCCUUUGAGAAUGUGCCAUCGCUGUGGUGAGGCAUGUGGUUGCUGUGGUGGGAAACAUAAAGCUGCUGGAUGAAAUGAUGCAGUGCCAAAAUGAGUUUAAAAUCUUCUUUUCCAGGAAUUAGCUAACUUGGAUUUGUGGAAGCUUUUGGCAAGCAAUAUGGAAUCUUGCCUGGUAUCAUUGGGGCCACACGUGGAGGAAGCAGAACUCGUCAGAUCUUGGCAUUUCACAAAUGCUAGCCAUGCCUAACUUUUUCCCUUGAGUGCAUGGCAUGUUUUGUUACAGGUUGUAGAGUAUUUGCAGAAGGAAACCAUUUCUGGUUAUUGGCUAUAAAAGUCAGCAUAAAAUAUGAUCCAACUAAAAGGGAUUAAUUUUUGGCAUUUUUGUAUAUUUAUGCAUUAGGUGAUGGGACUUUUAAAAGUUGAAUUUAUUAGGACAUGAACUAAAAAUAAAAGUGCAUUAGGGGCAGUUGAUUUCAGUCUAAGAAAAGUUAACACUUGGGAACUGUAAGAAGUAAAACAAGUGCAACUAAAUCACUUAUUAGUUGUUUUUUGAAAGCAGUUUUAUGUAUAAAUAACAAAUGUUUAUAUUUAACUAAAUGUAAGGUACGAAUUAUUACAUAUUAAAUUUUUCUUCCCCUUCCUAGUUCUAAAGUAGAUAUGCAUAUAUCUGCUGUCACAUUCCAUAUAUUUUGCAUAUUUAACUUGUCUAGUUAAUGUUUUUAUUCCAUGUGAAUGAUUUGAUAUUUUCAUCCUUAUUUCUCUUUGGCUACAAUUUAUAUUGAGUUAUAUCUGUACAUUCUGGUAAUCUAAAAUCCUUAAAAAUAUUCUAAUAGCCUUGAGUGACCAACUUUUUUUUAAAGCACAGGUGUAAUUGUCUAAUGUUCUGAUGGGAACGUAACACUUAUUUUUAUAUAAAAAGAGACUGAGUAAACAUAGAAAAAAAGUGAGGUUUUUAGGGGGUUUUUUUUGUGGUAUUCAACCAGCAAGUUGUUUUCUCUCAGAGUUUCCUCCUUCAAAAAAUUAUAUUGCAUUUACAAAUGUUUUACAAGGCAAAAAGUUUAACUGGAUAGUUAAGUGUCACUUUCCUUUUGAGAUCUCCAUUUAUCAUUCUGCUAAACCAGAAUAUGUUCAGCUGUGUUACUAAUUUUCUAGCUUAAUCCUCAGUGCUUAUUAUUUACAUAACAAUGAUAACCUUUCUCAGUUGCAUUUUAUUUUAUUUAAACUAGCCAAAAGCAAAAUUAUCUUACGUUAAAGUGUGUGCUAAACUAUCCCGGGAAAGUAUUUAAUCCAGCAUUGAAUGAAAUAAUUUGUACAUAUAAAUUUAUUUCUUUUGCAAAGCAUUAUAUUACUGGAUGUUUAAUUUACAAUGUAGUUGGAUAAAUGUUCCAACAAACUGUUUAAAGUACGUUGAGGUCAAAUUAUCUGUGUGUGUGUGUGUGUGUGUGUGUGUGUGUGUGUGUUACAUUAAAACUCUAACCAAGGAAAGGGUUCUUUAAGAACAUUCCCUUAGAGGGAUAAAGUUAAGAAGUGUGCCUUUUUUUAAUGGCUUGAAGUUUCAGAGGUUAUAAAAAUUAAAAUCACACUACCAUUUGAAGCUCAUUUUCUAUGCAGGUUUUUAAUGUCAUUUGUGUAUCAUUCUUUUUAUAUAUCACACUUACUUAAGCUUGUGUUGGCUUUCUUCUUUUGCCCCAGAUCAAACUGAACAAUGUAUAUAACACUAUCUGUCUGUAAAAUACUUUUUUUAAGAAAGCAUUUAUAUUUAUAUGACAGCUUGAACUGACAACAUUGUGUAUAUAGAUCAUCUUGAAGUAUUAUUUCACAUUGAAAAGAAGAAAAAAUAUAUUGAUAACUAUAGAUGUUAUGAAGAAGAAGGUAUUUCUAGUUUUGUACUAAAAAUCAAUUGGAUGUACUAAAUCCAAAACGUGACACCGUAGCAGCGAUUUUAAGUCUUAUUUUUACUGUUUAUAUGUUUGAAUGCUGCUACACCAGAUGAUCUUCAUCCCUGAAGUUUUCAGCUAAACUUGGUUUCCUAGAAUAGACUGUUAACUUUCAAAUUUACUUUUUAUUGGUGAAAUGGAAAUACUGGUUUUCCUUGUUUUCCUUGUGAAUGAGUUUUCAUAUUUGUAAGUGCUGAGUUUAUAAUUCAGGUUUGAGCAAGGUGUGAAUAACUGAAGAAAAUAACUUGCUGGCUCUAUAGGAAAAUGCUGUGGAAAUGAACUGUGUACAUACUUCUGGGAAGAACAAAUUUAAUCAUUUCUUUUGUUAAGCACUAAUUCAGUAUAGUGCAACUCCUGGUUCUGUACUGUAUUUUAUAUGCAACAUAUAUGCUUUAAUAUUUUAAUGUUUGUGCAUUAAUAUUUUCAAUUUGUUUAACCACUUUGCUGCUAAGAUUUUGCCGUCCCAUUCCCAUUUUUUCCUUUACAAUUUUAAACAAGUUUCUUCAUUAAAAACUAUGGUGAUUAAAUGGUUUUUAUUUCACCUUGGAUCUUUAUAGUUAACACACUCAGUUUCCAAAUCAGUCUAGAAGACUAACUGAUAAUGUUAUCUGAAUCCCUGUGUAGAAAUUUCCCCUUGAGUAAAUGAGAAUUCCUAUGUGGAAAUAGAUGGAUAGUUUAAAUCUCUGGUUCUGAAACGUGUAUAGAUACAUUCAGGAGCAUUUCUCAUUGUACAGAUUUGGCACUGCCAGUUGGCUUUUCCUCUGAAACUUUAUUUUUAAUCUGAUAUUAUAAGCAUUAUGGCUCAACAGAACUGCUUAAGUAAUGGUAAAUAUUGAGAAUGAAAUCAUCUAGAUGGCAUGACAAGAAAGACUGGUCUUAUGGGCUGGUUUUUUUGAAAAUUGAUAAUUCUUGACUUUGGUCUUAUGGGUUUGUUUUGUCGAAAAUUGAUAAUUCUUACAUGGUAGUUCACCUGACUUGAAAGAGGAACCAUUUGAUUUCUGAAGUUAUAUAUGGUAUGGAACUUCAGCACCACCUACUGGGUGAUUUCUAGAUCAGAGACAUGCGAUGGCAGUAGGAAUGUGACAGGGUUCAUCACUGGUACCACUAAAGGGCUGUUUGUGUGGUAGCCACCUCCUACCAGGGAAACCCAGGAGUAAGAAACUUCUCAAAGGAACUGAAAAAAUGAUUCUUUUCCCUAAUGUGUCUUCUUGGCUCGCUGAAAAAAUUUAAACACUCUUUUCUUACAUAUCCUGUUUUCAAAUGUUUAUUGAUAUUUGGGACUGGCACUCAAGCUUAAUGGAUGUGCUGAGACAUUUAUAGAACAAGUUUCUUUAACCUCAGAGCCAUUCCCAAAGUAGUGUUCUUAUUUUUUUCCCUUCCAUUGCCGGUCAGGUAGAAUUUUUUAAAAAUGAAACAAAACAUAAUUACCUGAAUUUCAUCAUGACAACUUCAGAGAGAGUGUGUGUAUGUUUCUGAGAUGAUUAUGAACAGAGGAGGUUCAAAUUUAAGGGAAAAACUUGAAGCUACCUAUUUUUAUUGGUUAUUCAGCAGUGCCUAAAAUAAGCUUUUGAAGUAGUACAAAUGCACUUUUAAUUCAUGUGAAUAGUGCCAUCUGAUAUCUUGGGUAAGUCUUGCCUUUUCUUUUCUUUCUCCUCUCCCUUCCCCCCAAUUGAAUGGCUCAGAGAUGUUUCUUAUUAUCCAUUAAGUCUCCAGAGUACAGGAAACGUACUUUCCUCUAGACGGGCAAUGUAAAGAAAGAAUUGUAAGGCUACUUCUUUUGUUGAAACUUUAAACUUUAGGUUUUGUGAUUACACUUGGAAAUACGUGUUAAGAUUGGGUUUUUAACUGAAGCCCAAAGGUGCAUUAGCAAGUAUAACAUUUUUCUGCGUAAAACUUAGAAAACUUUACUUAGAUGCAAGACACAGAUUCUCUACCAAAUAUUAUUCUCAUUCUCGAUUUGACCUCUGUGAUCACAUUUCUAAGUACAAGAGAAAGCACUAGAAACUUGCAUUAUUAUUGCACUAAAAAAGAAUUUGUAAUAUAAUCGUGAUGAUAAUAGCAUCAUAAGGUGUUUUGCGGCGAGACAAACAUUUUUUUAAAAAAGGAAAACAACAACCUGAGGUGAUUUAUAUAAACUAGGAAAAAAAAGGGCUUUAUAGUAUUAAGAUACUGUUUGCCUAGCAGCCAGGUGGUUAUAAAAUUUUCAUAUGCUUUGGUACACUGAUAAAUGUUAGCCUUUGUUCCUGAAAGCCUCUUAAAUUGCAUAAGUUGUUAGUUUUGAAAUUUUUCAAGAAUAAUCUAGUUGAAAAGCCUUUGUAUUAAAAAUACACUUAGAAUUUUGUGAACGUUUCCAGUGUGUAGUGUCAUUUGCUUUCUUUUCCUGACCUCAAAAGUGCCUCGCUUGUAUAUUAUUUCCAUGAAAAGCUUGACUGCAUUCUUUCUGAUGAGCAAUGAAAAAUUGUUUAACUCAUGUCAUAAUGUAUCUCCUCAGCUAUAGUUAAUUAGCUUGAUAGUUUGAGUACAUAAUGUAAAUAUGCAAAUAUAAGUUUGUAACCAUUUUUGUUACAUCAUAUUCAUGUAAUUGGACAUAUCAGAUGAUAGCAGAAUUUGUUUUAAUGGUCCCCUCCCCUGAAUUAUCUGAUUAAACCUUCACAAAAUAUAAAA